AUAGCUCAUCUACUUCCUAUCGCUUAAGCUAAAUAUUAAAUUUAUAGUUAGUUAGCAUCUUAGUAGAAGAGAAAAUUAUUUAAUAUAACAAUAUUAUAAUCCCACUUGAUAAAAUUAAUCCUUUCAUAUAGUUUAAAUGUUAAAGACCAUUAAAGAGUGCUAGUGCAUUAUUAAUAUACUGAGAAUUAGAAAAGUGGCGAAUGGAGAGACUACUCUCAGGUGCUUUUUUAUAUAAAUAAAUAAAAUAAAACAACGCUGGCUCAUACUUUGAUGAUUCGGUAGCUCUACUACAAAAAUGCAUCAUUUCUCAGGUUACCAUUAUUUACCUUUAUGUUUAUCAAUAUCUAUUUAACAUUAAAUGUUUGUUUGAAAAACCGUAACGUUUAGGCUAUUCCAAAAUAUUAAAAUUAAGAAUACAGGCUGUCGGGUCGCAGUCCAGUGUCUGUAUAAGUAUAAUCUGCACUGUAGACUGUAGUGUAGCCGUAGCCAACACCAGGCACUGGCACCGAAACAAUCUAAAUUUAGUCUAAAUCCCAUCUACAUGCAUAGGAGACAGAAUGAUCAAUAAAUUGAUUGUGGGCCUUUAAUAUUGGCCUAUAGAAUAUUAUAGAGGAAGAAUUGAAUAAGUUGAAGAAAGUCCUAACAUUUUUUAGCAAAAAAGGAUUUAACUAACUAAGGCUUAUUAAGGACUAAUUAGGCAAAUAGGCCUUUUAACAAUUUAUUUUGAUAUUAUCAUAAUUGAAAAAAAUAUUUAUUAACAUAAUUAUAUUAACGAAUUAAACAGUUAAUGUUUAGUAUAAAUCUACCUUGCAUUUUAUAUAAUAUAUGGACUUUAUCUAAAUAUACGGAUGUAUCUAUUGUAACCUAUGAUAAUUUAUUUUUAACAAAUUUGUAAAAAAAAUAUCCACAGGUGGUACAGUUUCUCGCAUUCUGUCAGAAUUCAAAUUACAUCAGUUUCCUCCAUUCUUGUGGUCUGCUGUAUCAGUCAGGUGGUUUGGUCAACCAGCUGCACAAACACAUCCACAUUUGAUUGCUGAAGGGGAGGUCACACCUGGCAUCACUAGGAAGGAGUUUCAUAAACGCAGAUGUAGACUUGUUGAAUCAGCCGUCGAGGUUUUCAAGGGGGUCAAAUCUGUCAAACACCACUUGUUUGUUUUCCCCUCAGCUACAACGGUGUAUAUGACCAAUGAUAUUCCUUAUCCUUUCAGACAAAACUCUGACUUCCUUUAUUUCUGUGGAUUUCAAGAACCAGAUAGUGUUCUUUUAAUUGAAGCUAAUAGUAAAUCUUCUUCAGGAGAGCAUUUAGCACAUUUAUUUGUGCCACGAAAAGAUGCUGCUAAAGAGCUGUGGGACGGACCACGAUCUGGUGCAGAAGGAGCACUAAUGCUUACAGGAGUGGAUGGAGCUUUUAAUUCCAAUGAGCUGGAGAAAUUUCUACAGUUGUAUAAUAAAGAUCAUAAAGAUUACAUUCUGUGGUACAAUCAUGCUAAACCAUGCCAUGAAGAUUUUCAUAAUCGUGUAAUUGGUCAAGUAAUGCGGGAUCAGAGACAUAAAUGUGUUGAAAAUACAGCCCCUUUAUCUCACAAACUUCGUGCAGUUAAGUCUGCAGCUGAAAUUCAACUCAUCCAGCAAAGUGUCAGCAUAGCCUCUGAAGCUUUUGUAGAAGUCAUGAAAUUCUCCAAACCGCAAGUAAGAAUUUGAGCCAAAUUUAAGACUAUUUCUAGCAUUUAUCUUUAAACAUCAUUUUGAUUUUUUUAAAAUGAUUUUUUAAUUUUGAUAUUUUGAAGGUAAAUGAGGGCCAUCUUUGGGCAAAGAUGGAUUUUGAAUGUAGAUUGAGAGGUGCAGAAUUUUUAGCAUACCCUCCUGUUGUUGCUGGUAAGUUUUAUAAGAUUUUUGUCUCCCACUGCUCAGAUUUAGAUUUAACUACUUUUGAGAAAAAUACCUUUCUUUUUAUUACAAAAAUGUCAAAAGUCUUUAACUUUAACAACCUUUUAAAAAAUACACUAAAUAAAUAAGUAAUCAAAUUCAACAUUUGAAGCUGUGUUUUGUUGCAUACAUUUGAUCACACUCAUGGAAAAAUCCUGAGAAUACAUGAUGAAAAACAAAAUGUUAAAAUAUACUUAGAAAAGGUAUGAAAAAAAUAUGCAAAAAAGCGCAACAUUUUAUGUAUUGACUAAAUAAGGCUCUGCACAAAAAAAAAAUGCUUUUCAAGAGCCAAGAAAAUAUGUUUUUUUCAUUUUUAAAGUUUGAUUUGCAAUGUAUCUUAUUAACAAUUUUGAAUCAUUUUAUUUCAGGAGGUGCAAGGGCUAAUGUGAUACAUUAUAUUACAAACAACCAGGUGAUAUCAGAUGGAGAAAUGGUUUUAAUGGAUGCUGGUUGUGAAUUUCAUGGUUAUGCAAGUGACCUUACCCGUACAUGGCCUGUAACAGGUAACUUACUUUUUGCUUAUACAAGUGACCUUCCCAAUACAUGGCUAGUAACCAGUACUAUGUACAACCAAGUGAUAGCAGGGCUUCAGUGUGCUAGAAAAACUAUUCAAUGCGUCAAUGUUAUGGUAUGUGAUGUGUGUAGGCCUAAAUUUAGCAUUGUGGCCACCACCUUUUGUUUUCCCUUUGGUUUUGUUUUGAGAUUGACGUCACCAAUUAAAUGUGCUGCGCAACUUCUUUUAUCCAUCCUCGCUUAAUUGGGAAAAGGUUGUUUACGUUCAAAUAUGUUCUAACUGCUCUAAAGAAUGCUAUAAGGUGACGGAACUUCUAGAAUUUACACUUCAUGUGUGGGUGUGUGUGGGUGGGUGUAAAUUAAGAUUUGUAUCUUUUGAAGACUGUAUCUUUUCUCUUGAUGUGCUAUAAGUUGGUAUAGUUUUUUUUUGUAACUGAAUAUUUGAAUUUGUAUUUUUAUAGAAAUUUACUAGUAUAAUUGAAUUGAAUAUUGUUAGUAUCACUAGCUUUUGUAUCGUUUUUCUUUGUAUACUCCUUUUCAUUCCUUUGUUACCUAUGGUUUAUUUAAUAAGCCAAAUCUUAAAAUGGAUUAAGUUUUACAAAAAAACAUAAAUUAUAUGUAUCAGUCAAGUAAAUAAAGAAUAUGUUGCUCACAGCAUUGCCUUUUUGGACAUGUAAUAUAACUGCAAUUUGAUUUUAAAUAUAGAAACACUGAUGUUGAGGCUAAAACAGAAAUAAUCAUAAAGGAUUAUCAAAAUAGAUAAAAUUUAACUGCUUUUUAGCCCCCCUACAACUAUUUCAGAUGUAUUUGAGUGUAAAGAAAGUCGUAGGAAAGAAAAUUAGAUAAUUCAUUAAAGAAAUUGCUUGUAAAAUUCCUGAACAUCUUGCUUACUUCAAUAAUUUCAGGGCAUUUCAAUGACGCUCAGAAAAAGUUGUACAAUGCUACACUGAGGGUGCAGGACGCCUGUGUUCACAUGUGCACCACAGACUACUCAUUGGAUGAGAUCUACAAUGAAAUGUUAUUUCUGCUCACUGCUGAACUGAAUCAGCUUGGGAUAAUACCCCCUUCUUUUUCACAAGAACAAAAAAUGCAGGUGAGCUUCCAUGUCCACUUCCAUUUCACACUGAACAGACUCUCUAAUAGUAACUAAUUGGAUCUAAUGCAUCAACACAUUCACAUCAUUGCCACCUCCCCUGCUCUGUAUUUAUACUCUUGUUAGUGUUGGAGCUUGGGCUCUCAAUUUGCUCUCCCUUUAUGUUGCUAAGUACUAACUGUGUGAACAUGUCACUAGAUGACCAGAAGGUUCUGCCCACAUCAUGUUGGCCAUUACCUGGGCAUGGAUGUACAUGAUACCAGUCUUGUGUCCAGGCAAAUAAAGCUGCAGCCAAACAUGGUCGUCACUGUCGAGCCAGGUUAGACAAUUUACUAGUGAUUUUUAACUUAUAAGCCGAGGUACAUAUUAGAAUUCACGCGUGUAUAGCAUUUUGAAAGUCAUACUUGACAUGAAAUUGAGUUUUAUCUAAUAAAAAGGUGUCUUAUAGAAACAGAUAAUGAAAUCUUUUCCAAUUGAUUUCUAAUUUAAAUUUUCUUAGAUUGUAUUGCAGCUGCAUUGAAGAAAGCCCUCUCUAUUUGGUUUAAAUUAUUUUACAGGUCUCUACAUCCCUCAAAACGAUAUGACUGUCAGUUCAGAGUUUCGUGGUCUUGGGAUCAGAAUAGAAGACAAUGUUUUAGUCACAGAAUCCAAACCCAUCAAUAUGUCUGCGUCUUGUCCUAAACGAGUUGAUGACAUUGAAGACUUGAUGUCUAAAAGUAAAAGAUGAGCCACCUUUACAAAUGUGGUUCCUGUCCAUUUAGCAAUUUUUUUAAAAGAAAUCUCUUUUUAAAAAUUCAGGCUGCAAUUAAUGUAGAUGUGAUAUAUCAUUAUGUAGAUCUGAUAUAUCAUUAUGUAGAAGUGAUAUAUCAUUUUAAGCAUGAACGUUUAUGGAGGUUAUCAUCUGCAGCUUCUGAUUGUUUACAAUCUUCUUGGGCACAGUGAAAUGUAACAUCUGUACUUUUGUUUGUGCAAUUAUCAAACUAUGUAAAUAACCAGUUUGAAACAUUUAGAGCUUUUUUUUUUUUAAAGGAACCUUCUUUUGAAGAUGCUGUUGUCCCAGUACAGUAAAGAGACCACAUGGUCCAUUAGUUAACACGUGAAGAGCAUGCAUGGUCAACAAGUAGCCAAUCAUAUGAGCUUGUUUUAUUUCCGAUAAACUAGUUUGAGCUCAAGCUUUUGGGGACCGCCGUUACCUUGGAUUUUAUCCACUUGGUUAGUCAAUCCCUAUUAUCAAGUCCAUGUAAUUUGUUGCCAUAUUUUAACAUACAACAUAGAUGCACUUUAUAAUUUUAAUAAAUUAACAAAUACCUUUCAAGAUCAUAAAUAUGUUUAUUUUUUUAAAAAUAAACAAACAAAUGUUUAAAGAUAA